GAUAGCUGAGUGCUGCGCCAGCUUAUUAUGGGGAGAAAUGGGAUGAAAUAAUAAUAACGUGAUUUAUAAGAGAAGACGGGACAGCUCCAAUAUGUAAAGCUCAGACAUUCACAAUUGUUAUCAUAAAAGAUGUCAUUGAACUAUCCCCCACCAGACUGUAUGGACUGUCCACCAGGUGUGGUCAAUGACUGUCCACUCCUCUUUCCUGUGUGUCCAGAGUCACUGGGAGCGGACGAGGACUGCCCUCUGCUGGACUCUGGGAAGAUGACAUCGGAAGAGGACACAGCAAAAGGCUUGGGGACGCCCUCUUCUGAUUCUGAUGUAGAGAAAGACUUGGAGGAACCAGAGGUGGAAUUUGUUGUACAUAGACCUCUAAAUGGCCAGAUGGAAGAUGGCCCCAGCAACGGGGGCGCUGGAGUUGUUACGAGUUCCCCUAUUCAGUAUCUCAGUCGAGAAGUUUUGUUACAGGAGAACGAAUUGCAGGCAGCUAACUCAUUGUCAAAUUCGGUGGAGUCUAGCGCUGUCAGAGUUACAAUCACAGACCUAGACGGCUGGGAAGGACAGAGCUUGAAUUUCACCACCUCUGCUUUGAAGAGGUGCAAGUCGGUGGUCUUGCAGCCCUACUUCAGACUGCUUACAUUACAGAGAUUCCAAUAGUUACAGCAAUGACAGUGGUGCCAGCAGCGAAAAUCAUCAGUAACAAUACAAUAACAUCAUCAUCAGGGGCAGUAACAAUCCCAACUACUACAACAACGACUUUCAAUCCUUAUUUACCAGGGCCCCCUUACGGACCUCACUCAGCAUCAGGGAGCACUUUAUCGCCAAAAAAUAAGACAUUAACUGAUGGAGUUGGGAUCCCAGAUGUGAAUGAUGCUGUGUGUGAACAUAUAAUUACAACAUAUAUUAUACCAAAUUUUCUGCAUUUUGUUGCAUUUGUUAUGGGAUAUUUCUACUUUCGUAUCCAAGACAAUGAGCAACUGUAUGCUUUGAUGGAGAAGGUGUUUCUCCAAGCUGGCCCAUCACAGGGCAAAGUGGCAUCACAAUCAAAUAUGAUCAAAAGACUGAGGUUAUUCCUAGCUCUGGGUGCAGUGUGGGUGCUGGCAGUCAUGGCUCUGCAGGUGCUGUUUGUUGCAGUGUUUGGAAUUGACCAGAGAAAUGUGCUGUCCAGGGCUGGAACCCUGGGCCAGUGGAUCCUGUUUGGCAUCGAGCUGGUGGGAAUUAUUAUUGUGAACUCUGUGAAUCUAGCAGUGAUAAUAAACUUUGCUACACAGUGUGAAAUGCUGAUAUUCUUCAUCAAAGGAAUCAGUACAAAACUGCAGGAGAAAUCCAUGGAUUUGAAGUCAGCUAUGAAGGAUGUCCUGAUGGUCAGACACUCCAUAGGGUCACUGAAUGGACCCAUGUCACAGAUGACCUCUCUGGCCGCUAUAAGGUUUGCUGAACUGACCAUCAUUGGUCUGUGUAUCCUGAUAUUGAACCAUGAUGAUCAGACAUGGGUAUGGGUCUACAGGAGUAUCUUUCCAUGUGUCUGGGCAGCCAUGCUACUUUUCCCUAUGAUUCAGGCUGCCAGAAUAAAUGCCACCUGCUCCAAGUUCAAACAGAUAGCCUUGGAAACCAGGGUGUUUGGCUACCAGAACAAUUCCCAGCUGGAUUUGGAUUCCUUCCUCUUAUUCAUUUCUAAUACAAGAUUAAGGGCAAAGUUGUUCAACAUCCCAAUGAAACCAUCAUACCUGGUGGGAAUUCUGGUGCUGGUAUCUUUUAUAUUGCUGCUUCUAUUCCAAACAAGUCUGAUUGGUCCUGGAGGACAGAUAUUCUAACAGUCAAAUGGGACCUGUUGGGCAGAUAUUUAAAAUUGUCACAUGGGAUCUGUUGGCAGCCAAAUUUUUUCUGAAUUGUCACUUGGAGCCAGGAGAACAUAUGUUCUUAGUGUCAAGUGGAAUCUGUUCAUUGAUUUUUUUUUCAACAGUCAGGGAAGACCUGUUGGACAAAUGGUCCAACAACCAGGUAGGACCUGUUAUUGGGCACAUUCUAACAAUCAAAUGGGACCUCUUGGUGUCUAUCUGUCAAAUGGAUCCUGUUGGACAAAUAUUUUUAAUUAUCAAAGAGGACCUGUUGCUGGACAAAUAAAAUUCUAACAGUCAAAUUUGACCUGCUUGUGGACACAUUCUUACACUCAUAUGGGACAUGGUUGACAAAUACUAUAACAGUCAAAUGAGACCUGUUGGAGGUGGACACAUAUUCAACCAGUUAGACCUUAUAGAAUUAUGUCACAGAUGUCUGUUAAUUGGAUAUUUACGAACCAAUGGACCAACCAACAUUGUGCAAUGCAAUAUACAUCUACUUCUUAAAGGGGCAAAAUUAUUGUUGUUGUGGACAAACUAUGUUAACAGUCAAAUAAGACCAGUCAGACCAAUAAGAAAGAAAGAUGUUGCUGGCAUCUGUCAAGUUGAACCUGGUUCCUGUUGACAUUUUUCGAAGUGUUGGUAUUGAACCCUAAGAUUCAAGCAGAAAUAUUGUUGGUGAUCUCAGGUUUGGGGAUGUUCUCAAUGAAUGCCCUAAAACUUGCCUGUGAGAGCUAUAUUAUCAAUUAUACAUUAAAUAUGUAUGGGCAUUUUUUUAUACAAUCGUAUGAUCUUUUUGAAGUAAUUUGUAGUUAAUCAGUUAAAAUCACUUAAUGGAUAUUUGCAAAGUUUAACAAAGUGCAUUUACUGGAUAAAAUAUUGAUUAAGGAUUAGUUUUGAAGUUUUACGUCAGUGAAAGUAAGUUAUUUGUAAAAUGCUACAAAAAUAUUGUGCCUCAAGCAACAAAAAAUUUAAUGGUUUACAGCAAUCUUUCUGAUGUAAAACUCAGUUGAUACAAUAAAAUAUAUCA